GAGUUGAUAAAGUUUUAGCCAGAAAGAUCUGAAGUUUUCUUCGCAGCAGACUCUGUGAGAGAGCGAAGCGAGGAAUACGAGAGAGAAAGAGAGAUGGCGGGCAGGGUAAGUGCGAUUCCAUUCACGAUAGUAGCACACGUGUUAGCCAUAGCAGCGGCGAUUAUGGUGUUGGUUUGGUGCAUCCAUUUCAGAGGUGGUCUUGCCUGGGAAGCCACCAACAAAUCUCUCAUCUUCAAUCUUCAUCCGGUACUGAUGUUAAUUGGUUUCAUAAUCCUAGGUGGUGAAGCCAUAAUCAGUUACAAAGCUCUUCCCUUUUCAAAGGAAGUGAAGAAGCUUAUCCAUCUCACUCUGCACGCCUUCGCCCUCAUCCUUGGCAUCAUCGGGAUCUACACCGCAUUCAAAUACCAUAACGAGAGCUCCAUUGUCAAUCUCUACAGCUUGCAUUCCUGGAUUGGAAUCGUAGUCAUCUGUCUUUAUGGUAUUCAGUGGAUAUUUGGGUUCGUAUUGUUCUUUUACCCAGGUGGGUCACCCGGACUUAGAGCUGAAUCUCUACCAUGGCACGUGCUGUUUGGGCUAUUAGUGUAUGUUUUGGCUCUUGCCACGGCAACACUGGGGUUUCUGGAGAAGCUCACCUUUCUGGAGAGCUCAGGCCUUGCCAAGUAUGGCCACGAGGCCUUCCUUGUCAACUUCACUGCUCUCGUCACCAUUAUAUUUGGAGUCUUCGUAGUGAUAACUGCUGUUUCUCCAGGGACUGUGGAGGAGGAAUUUAGCUAUUCAUCUAUCUGAUCUUAUCUUUAUAUUAGCAUAUCAUUAUAAGAUCAAACGAGUUGUAUAUUAUUUUCUAGGUGUUUGGAGCAAAUUAAUGGACUCCCAUUAAAAUUGUAAACAGAUAUCUAUAUUUUUCUGAGGAUAUCUCCAUUAUUUUCCUUUUUCUGA